AGUAGCUGUGGUGUGUGCGGGUGUACGGCUUGUAGGCGGGGAAUCUCUCCUGAUAAGAAAUCUAUGAGUAUGAAGGACAGGAUGGACUGUCAGCAGGUCUGAGCUCCGCAUCUGUCCUCUCUCCGGACGGACAGUCGCGAUGGAUUUUGUUUUGAGUGGAAUGGCGGCUUGUGGAGCGUGUCUGUUCACAAAUCCACUGGAGGUCGUCAAAACGCGAAUGCAACUGCAAGGAGAGCUCAAGAACCGGGGCACUUAUCAGGUUUACUAUCGCAACGUUUUCCAUGCUUUUUACACUAUCGGAAAAGUGGAUGGACUGGCCGGCUUGCAGAAAGGACUGGUCCCCGGGCUGUUUUAUCAGUUUUUUAUGAAUGGAGUCAGGCUGGGCUCUUACGCCAUCAUCGAGUCCUCUGGUUACAUCCACACCAAUGGCAGGGUCAGCGCGGCCAAAACCACGGUAGCAGGGGCUGUGGCUGGAGUGGUGGGAGCCGUCAUGGGCAGCCCAAUAUACUUGGUGAAAACUCAUCUGCAGAGUCAGGCUGCUUCCUCUAUUGCUGUUGGGCAUCAGUACAAACAUGAGGGGAUGUUCCAUGCUCUGAGCGCCAUCUACAGAGAGUAUGGCAUUCUAGGACUGUGGAGGGGCUCUAGCGCUGCUGUACCGAGGGUCAGCGUGGGAUCAGCUGCUCAGCUUUCCACCUUCUCGUCCUCUAAGGAGCUUGUCAUUGACCUACAGGUGUUUCCAGAGCACAGCUGGUUGGUGGCCCUGACUGCUGGUAUGAUCAGCAGCGUGGUGGUGGUGCUGGCUAUGACGCCUUUCGACGUGGUUAGCACACGACUCUACAACCAGCCUGUUGAUCAUAUGGGAAAAGGGGAGCUCUAUAAAGGAUUCACUGACUGCUUUUCCAAGACACUUAAGAAAGAGGGUUUGACGGGACUCUACAAAGGCUUGGGAGCCUCUUAUUUCCGACUCGGCCCACACACCAUUCUAUCUUUGUUCUUCUGGGAUGAACUACGCAAAUUGUACCAGAAGUUCAGUUUCUUCCUUUACUAGAAUCUCAGGAAUCAUCCUGCAUCAAAAUAGGCCAAUUGAUUAAUUUCCACACCAACUAAUGGAGAAUGGCAAGUAAGUCACUUCACAUAGUUGUGUCAUUUUGGUUGACAUAUUUUACCUACAUUUCUUACAAUUAUAAUUUAUAACUGUAGGUAACAUAUAAUACAAAACUAUCAAGGUUAAGAAAAUAUGUUGCUGUGAGACUAUGCUGACACUAACAUUUGCACAUUAAAACAACAGAUUUGUGGCAGAUAUAUCUACUAAAUGUCAUAUAUUUGUUAGUCAUGUCACCAUCAGCACCAAAAAUGCAUCUGAUGCAGAUAGAAAUGUCA